AUGACAUCACCCGUUGGACAUGAGACUCUUGAGCCAGCUGAGACAGCUGUUGCUACCAACACCGCCGAUGAGCUAAAGAUCUCGGCCUUUUCUGAUGGAACCGACGAUCAGCGAGGGGAGAAGAAGUUGGAGAUUGAGCAGCAUGUCAUUCAUGCUUCACCAGCAUCCUCGCGAAGACCUUCGACCUCGAACGGGCCAGAGCAAGAGAUUGCUCAAGAUCUCGAAAGAGCCAGCACUGCAGCAUCGGGGCCUGUUUAUUCAGUGUUCCCAAGGAAGAUGAAGCUAUUCAUCGUAUUCAUGGUCGCCUGGGGCGGAUUCUUCUCCCCACUCUCCGCGAACAUCUUCUACCCCGCCCUCAACACUCUAAGCUCAGAGCUUCAUGUCUCCGUCGAGCUCAUCAAUCUCACUCUCACUACGUACUCCAUCUUCCAGGGACUCGCGCCAACCAUUUUUGGAGACCUUGCCGACAUGGCUGGAAGAAGGCCCGCGUACAUAAUUGGAUUCAUUAUCUACAUCGGAGCUUGCAUUGGGAUCGCUCUCCAGGACUCGUAUGCUGCUCUAAUGGUCCUCCGCUGCCUGCAGAGCACCGGUAGCAGCGGUAUGAUAGCUCUUGCAAAUGGCGUCGUAGCAGACGUUGCCACCGUUGCUGAGCGAGGAACGUGGAUGGGCUGGGCAACAGGCCCGAUGAUGAUCGGGCCAGCCGCAGGACCCGUAAUCGGUGGCCUUCUUGCCCAGUUUUUGGGCUGGCGCGCCAUCUUCUGGUUUCUGGUGAUUAUGGCUGGCGUCUACCUCAUCAUCUUCACCAUCACAUGUCCAGAGGCUGGACGCAAUGUCGUCGGCAAUGGAUCUAUCCCACCCCAGGGAUGGAACAUGUCCGUCCUCAAUUGGCUCUCCGUCCGCAAGGCUACCAAAAAGGACAACUCGAUUUCUCGCACAGUUUCUCGCGAGAGCAAUCGUAUUGCGCAGCAACGUCUUGCCCGGUCCCGCAAGCUGCGCUGGCCCAACCCUCUCAACACCAUGAAGCUCAUCCGCGAACCUGAUGUCGGUCUGCUUCUCUUCUAUAACUCCCUCGUCUACACCGCCUUCAUGGACGUCGCCGCCAGCGCGCCCUUCCUCUUCACCGCAACCUACUCCCUCAACGACCUCCAGAUCGGCCUCUCCUUCAUCCCCUUCGGCUUCGGCGCCCUGCUCGCGCCGCUCGUCAACGGCCGGCUGCUCGACUGGAACUACCGGCGCACCGCCGCGCGCAUCGGCAUGACCAUCGACCGCAAGCGCGGCGACGACCUGCGCAGCUUCCCCAUCGAGCGCGCGCGCAUCGAGGUCGCCGCUCCCUUGCUCGCCGUCGGCCUCGCGUCGCUGACGGCGUACGGCUGGGUCAUGGACGCCGAGGCGCGCCUCGCGGCUCCGCUCGUGCUGUUCUUCCUGAUCGGCUUGACGCUGACGGGCACGUUCAACGUGCUGAAUCUCAUGCUUGUCGACUUUUACCCGCUCAGCCCGGCGACGGCGACCGCCGCGAAUAAUCUGGUGAGGUGCUUGAUGGGCGCCGGAGGCAGUGCGGUGGUGAUUUUGAUGGUCAAGAAGAUGGGGAGGGGGUGGUGCUUUACGUUUCAUGCGCUGGUCGUGUUGGCGGCGAGUCCGAUUCUUUGGGUGCUGAUUAGGAAAGGUCCGGGAUGGAGAGAGAAGAGGAGGGUCAAAACUGAAGAGGUGAGGAGGAGGAAGGAAGAGAAAGAAGAGGAGAGGGAGAGAGCGAGGAUGGAGGAGGAUAGAGCAAGAAAUGAAGACUCAAAGGAAGCGACGCACGAGGAAGAGGAGAAAUAA